UGUAUUAUUUCUAAUUUGAUGGCUGUGGAAAAUCAAAGUAUCACAAGUGAUUUUAUCCUUCUAGGAUUUCCAGAGGGACGUGUGUUGCUGUCGAUUUUGAUAGCUUUGACCUAUUUAACAAUUUUAAUGGGAAAUUUUGCCAUCAUUAGCAUUAUUCGGAUUGAUUGCCAUCUUCAGACACCAAUGUAUUUCUUUCUCAGUUUUCUUUCUUUAUUAGACAUAGGUUACUCUACAGUUACUCUUCCUGCCAUGUUCUUCAAUUCUGUAACAUACAAUAGGAGAAUUUCUUUCAGCAGGUGUUUUGUUCAGCUAUACUUCUUUAUCUGCUUUGGGGGGUCAGAGAGCCUUUUGCUAACAGCUAUGGCCUAUGAUCGAUAUGUGGCAAUAUGUAACCCUCUGCGAUAUUUAGUUAUUAUGAACAAGAAAUUCUGCUCUUAUCUUGUUCUGGGAUGUUACUCCAGUGGAUUCAUGAACUCAGCUUUUCAUACUUCAGUGACGUCUACUGUCAACUUUUGUGAAGUCAGAAACUUGAACCAUUUCUUUUGUGAUAUUCCCCCACUGCUAGAAGUUUCUUGUACAGAUACACGGACCAGCAAGAUGUUAUUGUAUAUUUUCAGUGUUUUCAUGGGAAUAGCUCCAUUUAUGUUUGUCACAAUAUCUUACAUACGUAUCAUUACAACGAUCCUGAAGAUACCAUCUUCUGCAGGAAGGCAGAAAGCCUUCUCAACUUGUUUCUCUCAUCUCAUUGUUGUUACAGUUUUCUUUUCAACAGGUGUUCUAAGUUAUAUAGCUCCUACUCAUAUAGAUACUUUUGAUAUUAUGAUAUUGUCAUCCAUGCUAUACUGUGUUCUGACACCUCUGCUCAAUCCAGUUAUCUAUUGUUUGAGAAACAAGGAGGUUAAAAGGGCAUUCAACAAAGUCUUUUCUAAAAACAUAAUUUUCUAA